CCAGGUGGAGCAACACUAAGCCACUUCCUGUACGCUAAGGCGAGGAGCCGCCAGCGAGUCGAGGCAUCACUCAGCCUCAAGCAGCUGCUGUAGGAGGACAACACCACCCCAACACACAGAGAGACAGUAGAACGAGAGGUUGCCCACAAUACCCAGCUUUGGAGGGCCAUCAUCCCCCAAGGCCCAGGAAGACAGAAGAGAGGACAGCAGAGAGGAGUGUGGGAAGGUUUCUAAGAGAAGGGGCUCGACCGCACCCAUCCAGAGAGGAGCGAUGGACCCUCGGAAGUGGACGGGAGGCCUGCUGGUUCUGUCUACUGCACUACCCUAUGUCGAGGCGAUGACCACUGUAGCCACCUAACUGUGCUACAUUCUGGACGGCUUUCCUCCUGCUCUACGGCUCAUCAUCACUGGACUGUUGCUCAGAGAGAAAUUCUUCAAGUCCAAGAUAUUGGAGGAUGAUGAUAUCUUAACUGAUCUGAAACCUACGGACGGGGGCGGUUAUGGACGAGUAAACAGAAGGGAUCCAGAGAGUGCAACAGCACGCGAUAAUCGCAGGAAUAAUGACGACACUUACACGUCCCUUAAAAAACCAACAGACGACACGUACAGGGAGAUCGCUGUGAAGGACAAGCAGCGCCGUAGGAACAAGAACGACCAGGUGUACCAGGGUCUGAGUGCCGCCCCCAAGGAUACCUAUGUUCUCCAGAUGCAGCCUCUCCUCCGGCCUCGCUAACAGAAACAUCAUGGAGGAUCAGCCUCUCCCCUCCGCCUCGCUAACAGAAACAUCAUGGAGGAUCAGCCUCUCCCUCCGCCUCGCUAACAGAAACAUCAUGGAGGAUCAGCUCUCCCUCCACCUCGCUAACA